AUGUACCAAGUUUCGACGGCACUAGACGAAAAGUUAUAUCGCAGUGAGAUCGCUGAUCGCCUCUACCAAAUAAUCGCGAACUUGUGCGGAUGUGUAGAGCGCAGCGAGACGGCGUGUGCAGUGCCGCAGCGCGAGUCGCCCACUGACGUAAGAGCUGCCGUGAGCCAUCCGCCGCCACCGGCGACGACAGAGAGCGCA